CUUUGUUUAAUGCUUCUCAUCUGUUGGGAUGAACUACACGUUAAUUUUCAUUUGGAAACACAAUUGAAUAUUUUCAUCUCCGUUAAUAGUAUCUAUUUUUAGGCCUUAUCGUUCGAAGGUCACAUUAUCUGAAAUAGCCUUUGGCUGACAGCAAGGACUAAAAUAUCUCCAAGUAUAUACACAAAUACAAUCUAAUCUUGUGUUCGAGUGGUUAUACGUGCAGCCGAUACUUCUAAAUUAAGGUUAAAUGCAUUAUCACAAGCCUGUGCCUUUUUGAGUGACGAAGCUAUACGGCAAGCAAUCAUCCGUGGAAGAAAAGCGUUCUUUCUCCUCGUAGCGGCACCAAUUAGGCCUAAGUUUACAGAACAUGAAACAGUCGCCAGGUAAAACGCGCCGCGGAGGGCGCUACACAAAGGUAACCUCUGACCCUCCAGAAGGUGGUUGGGGCAUCGUGGUGGUCGUCGCCUCCCAUCUGAUCAUGGCGUUAGUGCUCGGACUCAUCCGGUGUAGCGGGGUCUUCUACCAGAGCUGGAAGAACGAGUUUAACACCGGCGCCAAGGAAACGGCCGCUGUCCAAAGCAUCACGGCCUCCUUGUCCUCCUUCAGUGGCAUUAUCGGCGGUAUCCUGACCAAGCGAUACAGCUGCAGGUUUUCUGGAAUGCUUGGCGGGGUUUUAGCGUCUUGUGGCCUGUUCGUAAGCUGCUGGGUGGCCAACAUAUACCAGCUGUACGUCACUGCCGCAAUCACAGGUGCUGGGAUGGGAAUUACCUACAACGCCGGUAUAGUUGCAGUCGCCCUUUACUUCAAGAAAAAGUACAAGACGGCCAACGCCAUUGCCUUCUCUGGUUGUGGCACGGGGAUGAUCGCUGCACCACCACUCUUGCAACUGCUUUCCGAGAACUUCGGUUGGAGAGGAGCUGUUUUCAUCAGCUCGGCAAUCAUGGCGAACGGCGUUGCAUUUUGUCUCCUCUUCAGACCCCUUCCGAGGAGAGUGGAACAGUCCGCAGCGGAGUCAUCUGAAAGCGAUGAUAGGGCCGGUCCAUUCGCUCAAGGGGGUGUCUUGGUUGCAAGUGACGAGGGGGAUAAUGUUGAAGAGGAUUCAAUUACAGGAGAUGAUCGGUGCUGUAACGCGCCUGAUGAACUUCAAAAUACAAGCGACGAGAAUGUUCUAAGCGAUAUGAGUAAUAACAGCGGGUAUGUGCCUCCAAAAGAGGCUAAGAAAUUGUGUGUGGCGGCUACCCUGCUCAAGACAUACUCGGAAUUGUUGGGAUUAAACAUAUUUCUGAAGAGUUAUCGUUUCGCCUUGCUGUGUCUCCUGCAGUUCCAGUUCAGCCUGCCGUAUAUGGGAUUCGUUCAGUUCCUUAUUCCCCGCGCGGAGAGCCUGGGUGUGACGCCCUCCAGCGCCGCCUUCUUGCUCAGUCUCUUCGGCAUUGGUACCCUGCUCGGCCGGUUGGCCAACGGUGUGCUGAUCAGCUGGAGACCAACCGCCGAGCACGUGACGGCGGCCGGCAUGACCCUAGCCGGUUUGAGCAUGAUGCUCUUGAACGUGGACAACUAUGCCGUCCUGGCAGUGGUCUCGUUCGUGAAAGGCUUCGCCAUCGGCUUCCUUGUCGCCGUCAUGGUCGUCCUGACUCGGCGCUACGUUGGAAUGGCCAACUUCGCGCUCAGCGUGGCGAUUUUUGGUAUCUUCUUCGGGGCUGGGGUUCUCACUGGACCGGUCAUGGCAGGUUGGUUGCUGGACGUAACUGGAAACUACCAGACCGUCUUUUAUGUGCUUGCCGGUGUGUAUUUCAUGUGUGUUGUCCAAAUAUUACUGCUUCCCCUGCUGAAAAGAAUCGAGCCAGGAAUUGACAUACUCCCAUCGGAUCGGUAGCAACAAUUACCGUACCUGUGGACAUUUGUUUAGUAUUGUAAUAUAGCUCGCUUUUGCAAAUUAAAUCAUUAUUGCCAUUGCGAUCGUUCUAUUUAAAGAAAUGCAUUGAUUUCGGCCACUUUCGUGCUUUGAAGAUUUUGUUGCAUUCGGGAUUGUUCUCAUUCAGCCUUGUCUAUUAUCGUUGCCAUGUGUAAGAUGAAGAACCAGAUAGAACCCUCGGGGCUAGACUAGAGUUUAAUAGAUGAGCUUCCAGGAACAACCUUACAGACGCAUGCGCCAGACGAGGCAACACGUCUCAUCAUAUCAGUACCAGAAUUUCAAAAACCUACUCGGGUCGACCAAACUACUGUGAUUUGG